AUGCAAGGAGAGGGCACAGGGACGUUCGGCCGCGUGCAGCUGGUCCGGGAGAAGAAGGCCAAGCAUUUCUUCGCCCUGAAGGUGAUGAGCAUCCCGGAGGUCAUCCGCCUGAAGCAGGAGCAGCACGUGCACAACGAGAAGUCCGUGCUGAAGGAAGUCAGCCACCCCUUCCUGGUCAAGCUGUUCUGGACGGGCCACGACGACCGCUUCCUGUACAUGCUGAUGGAGUUCGUGCCGGGCGGCGAGCUCUUCAGCUACCUGCGCAACCGGGGCCGCUUCUCCGCCACCACCGGGCUCUUCUACUCGGCGGAGAUCGUGUGCGCCAUCGAGUACCUGCACUCCAAAGAGAUCGUCUACAGGGACCUCAAGCCGGAGAACAUCCUGCUGGAUAGGGACGGGCACAUCAAGCUCACCGACUUCGGGUUCGCCAAGAAGCUGGUGGACAAGUAAGUGACCGUCCCCAGCCCCCGUUUUCCCCUCCCGCCCCUGCCCUGCCUCUGGCCGCCACCACUCUGUCCUAUUGUGGGAGUUCUGUUGGUGUCAGAGUCUGUGUAGACGUGAUAGCAUCGUGUCUUUCACCCUCUGACGUCUCAGAGUGUGAGCAUCUCUGGGUCCAUGCUCGUGGCUGCAGGUGGCGUGAUUUCUUCUUUAUGGCUGCGUCCUAUUCCCUCAUGGAUCGGUAGCACCGUUGGUUUUGUUUUUUGUUUUUUCCUUUUUGCAGCUGCAUCUGUGAUAGAGGGACGUUCCCAGGCUA